AUGCGAACUCGAUCGAGUCGGUCAACUGAAGACUUGGUCGAGCUAGACAUUACAACGGGUAGAAAGAGGGUUCAGAGGUCACAGAGGGUACAAGAGGAACCUGAGGUGCUUGUUGCUGAUACAAUGGAUGUACCAGAGGGGAAUGGAAACCCUUUGGGCAAUGGACUCGGUCGAGCUAGGCAAACUCGACCGAUUGGUCAAGGAGAUGCUCCAAACCGCCACCAACAGAGACAAGGGAUUGUUCCACCACCAGUGCAGAACCACAACUUUGAGAUCAAGCUGGGAAUGAUCAACCUUGUCCAGAACAAGAUGUUCCAUGGAUUGCCAAGUGAAGACCCCAUUGACCACCUUGAUGAGUUUGAUAGGCUUUGUGAUUUGACAAAGAUCAAUGGUGUCUCUGAAGAUGCCAUCAAGCUGAGACUCUUUCCUAUGUCUCUAGCUGACAAAGCUCACCAAUGGGAGAAGAGCUUGCCCCAUGGCACAAUCACCACUUGGGAUGAAUGCAAGAAGGCCUUUCUUGCUAAGUUUUUCUCCACCGGUCGCACAGCCAAGCUUAGAGGAGAGAUAUCCAGCUUCAUCCAGCGAAACAAUGAGACAUUCGCAGAGGCUUGGGAGAGGUAUAGGGAGAUGCUAGACACAGCUAGCAAUGGGAACUUCCUCAACCAGGAUGUAGAUGAUGGCUGGCAACUUGUGGAGAACAUAGCUAACUCAAAUGGAAGCUAUGGAGAAGAGUAUGAUCGCACCAACCGGAGCUCGACCCACCACUCGAUCGAGUCAGACGAAAAGUUGAGAAAAGAUGUUAAGGCAUUGAAUGAGAAGUUGGAUAAGCUGAUCCUAGCUCAGUCCACAAUGAAGAAAGUCAACUUUGUGUCUGCUGAGGAGAUGGAACCAGUCCAAGAAGGGGAGGAUACACAAUUUGCUGAGGUGUGCUACAUGAGCAAUGGGCAAGGAGGUUACAACAAAGGAUACUAUAACUACAAGUCCAACCCUGCCAUGUCAUACCGCAACACUGAUGUUGCUAACCCUCAGGACCAAGUAUAUCCUCAACAACAAGCAGCUCGAUCGAGUCAGGUGCCACAACAUGGGUAUGGUCAAAAGAACAAUUACCAAGGACCACAAGGCACUUUCCCUGGACAACAAAUGAAUAUCCCACCAGGCUUCCCCCACCAACCGCCCCAGCCUGCACCUUCACAAGAGAAUGAGCUCAAAGCAAUGCUAAAGCAACUACUUCAAGGGCAAGCUGAUGGGGUAGUGGACACAAGCAAGAAGCUAGCUGAAAUAAACUCUAAGAUCGAGAACCUCAACACAAGGGUUUACUCUCUGGAGAAUCAUGCUUCUUCUGUUGCUGCUGCUACAAAGCAAGGACAACUACCUGGUAAAGCUAUUCAGAACCCCAAGGAACAGUGCAAGGUCAUCUUCACUCAAGAAGGACUUGUUGAAGAAGAGGAUCAAGAAAGGGUCAUUGAAGAUUUUUGUUUACUGCUGAAUGAUGAAGAGAUUGUUGCUGCUGAGGCUCCUGGAGUCCAGAUUGAUCAACCAGAAGUGCAUGCACCUACUGUGGCCAUUCACACUUCACCAGUUGAGCUCGCACGACAAGCUCGAUCGGCAGCUCGAUCGAGUCCAACUCUAGCUCGAUCGAGUCCGACCUCUUCUGUCCGACAGCCUGUUUUGCUUGAUCCUUAUCAACCGGUUGCCGCUUCCUCGUCUCGCCUACUUAGUCAAGGUCACAAGGAAGUGAUUCACAAGUUCAGAAGAGAUCUCAGUGGGAUUGGAAUUGAGUUGCCUCUAUGGAUAGCAUGA